UGGUUGGCUCAUAUUGUAUCUCCGCCCCCGGCAAAAAUAUACUUAUUUUUUGUAUGUCACAAAAAAUUUAAUACCCGUUUUCACCCUUCCUUUCCCAACCCAGCCUUUUUGUUUACUUCCAUAAUGUUCUUGUCCCGCACUUCUGCAGCUGCCUUGAAAGCCAGUGCUUGGUCCUCUGCCAAGGUUAAUGCCGUUCGCGCCAUUACCACUGCUUCUCCCAGCGUCACUCAGGCCUUCAGUGCUUCCAAGAACGCCAAUGGUAACUACUUGGUCACCUUGAUUCCCGGUGACGGUAUCGGUCCUGAGAUUUCCAAGUCUGUCAAGGAAAUCUUUGCCGCUGCCAAGACUCCUAUUGAGUGGGAAGAAGUGGAUGUGACUCCCAUCAUCAAGGACGGUAAGACCGCUAUUCCCGAUGAGGCUAUUGCCAGUGUCCGCAAGAGCACCGUCGCUCUCAAGGGUCCUCUUGCCACCCCCAUUGGUAAGGGUCACGUCUCUCUCAACUUGACUCUCCGUCGUACCUUCAACCUCUAUGCCAACGUGCGUCCUUGCCGUUCCGUUGUCGGUUACAAGACCCCCUAUGAGAACGUUGACACUGUUCUCAUCCGUGAAAACACCGAAGGUGAAUACUCUGGUAUCGAACACGAGGUCGUCAACGGUGUUGUUCAGUCCAUCAAGUUGAUCACCAAGGAAGCUUCCGAACGUGUUGCUCGUUAUGCUUUCACUUACGCUGAAUCCGUUGGACGUGACAAAGUCACUGCUGUCCACAAGGCCAACAUCAUGAAAUUGGCUGAUGGUCUUUUCUUGGAUGUUUGCAAGCAAGUCGCCAAGGAAUUCCCUCACAUCAAGUUCAAUGAGGUCUUGUUGGAUCGUGCUUGUCUUCACAUCACCUCUGACCCUGGUCUCUACGCUGACACUGUCAUGGUUAUGCCCAACUUGUACGGUGAUAUUUUGUCAGACAUGUGCGCUGGUUUGAUCGGUGGUCUUGGUUUGACGCCUUCCGGUAACAUCGGUCGUGACGCUUCCAUCUUCGAAGCUGUCCACGGUACUGCUCCCGAUAUUGCUGGUCAAGAUAAGGCCAACCCUACUGCCUUGUUGUUGUCCGGUAUCAUGAUGUUGAGACACAUGCGCUUGAACGAACAGGCUGCCAACAUUGAGCAGGCUGUCUUCAAGACCAUUGCUGAAGGCAAGGCCUUGACUGCCGAUUUGGGUGGUCGCUCUACCAACACUCAGUACACCAACGCUGUCAUUAAGGUAAAUUAACAAGACGAAUGUGUGUUGUUUUUCGUAGCUUACUAACGGUUAUUCCUUUAUA